AUGGGCAAGUCCAUAACAGGCGGGUUCUAUCCUCAGUCUUUCGUCCUGGGAACUCGCGAAGUCAUGACUAAUAUCGGCGCUUUCGAGAUGGCUUCAACUUACGCCAUGGCUCCGUUAGCCAUAACCGCAGCAGAGGCCACGAUUGAAGUCAUCGACCGUGAGCGAUUGAUGGAUCGGGCGGCGGAGCUGGGCACGAGGGGGGAAACCAUUGUCGCCAAUUGGGACCACCCCUUGGUGGACUAUGUUGCGUCAAUGGGAGCUGAUUCGAAUCUCUUCCUGAAGCGUCCUUCUGCACGUCGCUGGCUGCACUAUGCUUACAAAAGAGUCUACAUACCUACCCGCGCCCGGAAUCAAAGAGAAUAA